AUACUAUCAUUAUUGGUUCGUAAACAUAUACGUGUGUCCUACAUUUCAACCUUAAACGUGCAAGUGUGUGACAUUUGAUGGUAAAGAUUCAUUUUUGAUAUAACACUAAUACAAUGGGAGACAGAAAGUUAGAUGGUGAAUGGAAACCUGAAUUAAAAUAUGACUUUGAUCCGAUUACUAGUGACGAUGACAUUGUAACCGUUGACUUGGGUGGAACACCAAUACAAUGUUUGAAGAUAGGAGAUGCAUUACAGAAUUUGAAAACGGCUAAGUUAUUCCCAGAUUACAGAAAACACAUACCGAGUAUCAGAAAUAUGGAAAUGGAUGAUGAUGAUGUCAUAAUAUGUGCAUUUGCAAAAUCAGGGACACAUUGGUUAUGGGAAAUGGCUUCUAUGCUAAGAACCGGAAAGGCAGAUUAUCAUGGAAAAGAGAAAACUGCAGCCAUGUUUGAAUUCAUUCCUGCAGAAGUGUUGAGGGUGUCUCCAAAACCUCGUAUUUAUAAUACUCAUUUCGCGCCUCAAAGUUUACCAAAGCAGGCAUUUGAAAAAAAGUGCAAGAUUCUGUUCCUUCAAAGAAAUCCGAAAGAUGUUUUAGUGUCACUUCUUCCGUUUCUCCAAGGUCAUAACUUCAUAGAUUCAACGAUCAAAUGGGAAGAAUUUAUCUCCAAGUAUAUGGAAUUAGAAGUGGAAUCCUCUUUAUUGAACUGGUUUUACUAUACAAGACAGUGGUAUGAGUUCUUGAAGGAAGGACAUGACAACAUUUACUGCCUAUCAUAUGAAGACAUGAAAGACGAUCCAGUUACAGAAAUAUCGAAACUUGCUAAAUUUCUAGAAGUUGAAGCAAACAGUGAUUUGGUAAAAGAUAUAGCAGUGAAAUGUAGUUUCAAAAACAUGAAACAGGCAGCGAGUUCAAAGCAGGAAACGUUUGCAAUCACUAAUAAAGAACUUGCUAAGAAAAUUACAAACUUCACAUACAGAAAAGGUGAGGUUGGAGACUGGAAAAACUACUUUACGGUUGCUGUCAAUGAGAAAUUUAAUGCUCGGUUCCCCGAGAAGAUGAAAGGAAUUGACUUUAAAUAUCGCUUUUCUUUAUAACAUGUAACAUAUGCAUUCACUCAUAAUAAAAGACACAAAUAAUAACUUAUUUCCA